CUGCUAUGAAAUGCAGGACAGGUCUUCCUCGAGAAGCGCCGUGCAAAGUGUAUGGACCACAUUUUGUUGCUGAAUUAGGCGACGAUGCACUUUGCAUCCAGGACUCAAUCCACUUGAUCAAUAAACUAAGGCAUAGUUUACUAGAUCCUAAAAAGCAUAUGUACCUUGGAAACUUUACAAUCGCAUCGUCGCUUUUGAAACAGAUGAUGGAUUAUGGAGACAAAUCUGUGCAUAAACUGAAUCCAUCCGAUUUAAAUCCGUUGGACAAAAUGAAAUUUGAUCCAUCAAUAAAAUUAAUAUCUUCCGAGUUGAUUGAACAUCUGGGCGAAGUGGUCCCUGGAAGCAAUGGAACGAUUGCGUAUUUGAAAGUAAUGCGUUUGAUAUAUCAAGCAUUUAUCGAAGAAAACAUCCCACCGAAAACCCGAAUUACAGCGAUUUAGACUGCUUUAUUUUUCAUUCGAGCUUGGCGUUCUAUUAGUUUGAAGAAUACGAAGAACAUCAAACAAUGAACUCAACGCACAUGCACUUAUCCAAUUUGUAAUUUUUUGUCGUGAAAAUCACCAUCCGGAACAAUUUAACGUUCCCAUCCUGUCCAGUCAACCAUGCGAAACAUGUUUCAGGGAAUUGCGUUCGAUGACUACACUAAAUCACACUGCCAUCAAUUUCACUAUUAAGGACGUCGAGCAGAGGAUGCAAAAGGUGCAGAUGAAACUGCUAAUAAUGUAUCGCAGGAAAAAAUUGCUUCAUUUCCCUACUUUGCGAAAACAAGAACAAAAAGCUUCAGAAACAAUAAUUUAUGAUCUACCAACCGACGAUGAAAUUUGUAAAGCUAUUUUGGACGCAUGAUCUACCAACCGACGAUGAAAUUUGUAAAGCUAUUUUGGACGCAGAGAUUGACGCCACAGAACUUCUAAUUUCUGUCGGAUGCAUUAAGGAUGAAAUCGAAUUUUCCAAUAAUAUUGUUAUUCGAAAUUCUCAAACAACACCCGAAUUUCAAUUUGUCAGUGCGCUGGACGAGACAGAAUGGAACGAUGAAAAUGUUGAAGAACCAAUUCGAGACAACAAAGAUUCUAGCCGAUCAGAUGAAGCAAGUUUUGUUGACUGCAAUGGGAAUGAAUCUGAGAAAAUCGAAACAGCAGAAAGCAUAUUUCAACGAGCAGGCGGAGAAUUGAUACUACGGAAUUGUGAGUCGGUAUCCAAAAGCCAUUCGUUUAAAGUGAAAGGGAUUAAUGGGAGAAUCAUCCAUGUUAAAAAGUCCACAAUGCUUUGGCUUUUAUCGUCUGGCCGCUUUAAACGUUCAAAUGAUAGAUUAAGGCGUUUCCAACGGAUCCGAACGCUCAAUGCUCUGCCGAUUACCACCAACCGUAUUAAGGAUGACGUGACCAUUGGAGAUUGGGUGGCAUUGAGCGGUCGCCUGAUUUGCCAUGUUAGCAGUUUUCAAUAUCAGACAGGGAGAUCUAAAGCGUGUUCUCUACAAACCGUUCCUGUCAAAUGCCCUGCUAACGUGAAACGCAGAGGUAUUUUUCUAGUUGGGAAUUUUUAUAACGUAUCAGAACAAGGAGCCCUUAAUUUGUGUAACGAGCGCCACCGCAAAAAGGAUAUGAAGAAUUACAAAACACAUAUUGUGGCUCCUACUAAGAAAGCGAAUCGUUCCAGUUUGGUGUUGCCAAGCAGUACAUUAAAGUUUCUGAAGUCUUUAAAUGUGCUAUAAGCAUGACACUUUCUAUCAUGUUUCUAAUCGUAUCGUUCUUGCAUAUCUCUAAUCAACCUCAGCAUGCUCAUCCGAAUACCUAAUGUAAAUCUGUUACUAUCAGAUUUUGAUUUGUCUUCCAUUUAUAGUUUUAUGAAUAAAAAAUAGUUAAAACGUCGCAGAAGGGCGAAUAUGUAGUAGAUGUAGACCAAAGCAGACGUAGCAAAAUAAAACAAAAAGUCCGAACUAGUAGUUUUUUUUCUAUCCU